CUUCAUAAAGGAAUAAUCGAUUAUGUCAAUGAGAAAGUGCUGGAAGACCCGAGUCAGUUGGAGAGAUGGUCUGUGGGCAUGCUGCUCACUUUCAUCGAGAGUAUGGCGAUAGCCGAUUACCGACCGGAAGGCUUUGAAACCUACAAAGAAACUCUAAUUCGAUCGAUGAAUAAAUUCACCAAUAAAAUAGAGAUUCCAUGGUUUAAAACAGCGUUGAACUUGUGUGCCCUGGAUUGUUGGCCCACAGAAUUCUUCAAUCAAAUAUUCGAGGAGGGGUUCCUGAGAAGAUUUUUAAAGAGAGAUUUCGGAGUGGAUGGUAUCGAAGUGCUAGAGCUCUACCAAGCCGUCUCCACACUUUGCCCGAGUUACAGCGGCAAUUUGCCCACAGCUGACAUGUUGGACAUGCUGAUUGCUGCCCAGAAAGAGCGGCACAAAGAUGUUGACCUGCCUCUGUUGGGCGCUCUGCAGACGGCACUGUCGGGGCGGUCCUAUGUGUGCUCGUCGGUGUAUUCCAGGCUGGGGCAUUUCGUUGAUCAUGUAGUAGUAAUGCGUAAAGGUGGAUAUGCUGCUGCCAUCAACUUUGCAGAUGAAUUAUCAAAAACGGGAUCAAAACCAGAUGAAAUGAAACUGGAAGACUUAGCUACUCGCAUACCGGAAGAUAGCAAUAUAAUCACCAUACUGUAUCUGGGACCCACCAGCUACACAGUGAACACAGAGCGAGUGAAAGGCCAAGAGAAUGUGAAAAUGAGAGUGCUGGAAGCGAUGGGAUAUUCUGUCGUUGCAGUCACGCAGUCUAUCUGGAAUAACCUCUUGGACGGCGAGAAAAUACCCUACCUCAUGCAACAAUUGAAAAACAAAAGUAGUCACUCUGAAAUAACGGAGGCGGCAGUGGUGUGAGAAGGAUCUGUUUAGUGUGUUGUAAUUUUGUAAAUAAAUAUUAUUUUAUAGUUACCUAGUAACAA